ACUUGUUUCUUGUAGCUAAGAUAUAAAGUGGUUCUGUCUAGCCUGGUUGAUGAUUACAAGUCUUACACGAGCAUAGCGCUUUGCAAUAUGGAUGUACAAAUCUAUGUAUAUGACUUGUCAAAAGGUCUGGCUAGACAGGUAUGUUGUGGUCCUCAUUAGUGAGGUUUCUGCGAAUAUCGAAGGUCUAAUAGUCCAGUUCUCCCUUUCCCUUGUUGGAACGCAUAUAGAUGCCGUAUAUCAUACCUCAGUCGUCUUGGGUGGCAUCGAAUACUUCUUCGGCCAGGGCAUUCAGACAAGCCAAGCAGGUACUACCCAUCAUGGAAACCCAAUGGAAGUCAUUGACAUCGGACACACCGACCUACCUAUGGAGCUGAUACUUGAAUACCUGGAAUCAUUAAAGCAGAUCUACACUGCCGAGUCCUACGACCUGUUCAUGAAAAAUUGCAAUAAUUUCUCGAACGACUUCUCCAUGUUUCUUGUGGGCAAGGGCAUACCAGACCAUAUCACAUCUCUUCCUCAGACAGUGCUCAAUACACCUUUCGGGCAAAUUCUACGACCCCAGUUGGACAGCGCCAUGAGAUCGAUCACACAGGCGCCGACGCCUACACCCCCAGCACAAAUGGGUACAAGUUCUACCGCAUCGGAUAUAGUAACAUUAACCUCAGGUGGAAGCAUCAACAAAGCAAGCCAAGCCAAAGUAAUUAAUGCUACUACACUCCAGGAUGUGUCUCUACACCUCGAUGCCGCAAGGAGUAGAUGCGCCGUGAUAUUAUUUACCAGCGCAACCUGUCCACCGUGCAAGCUUGUUCAUCCAGUAUACGAGGAUCUAGCUGUUGAAGUUGGCGACAAAGCCACUUUGCUCAAAGUGGACAUUGACAAAGCGUAUGAGCUGGCCUCGGAGUACGGAAUUACAGCAACGCCUACGUUCAUCACCUUCUUGGAAAGUCAACAAGAGAAUAGGUGGUCAGGUGCAAACCCAAGUCAGCUUCGUGGCAACGUUAGCCUGUUGAUUCAAGCUGCUUUACACCCCCAUACUAAGUUAAACGUUCAGUCACUCCUUGGAGUUGACCUGCGGCCAAUCCUCUUUACGAAACUACCGCCCCUUGAAAAACUCAAGGCAAAGAUGGGAAAUGUGGCUGAGGAACCUAUAAUCAAGUCUGUUUUAGCUUUCAUCGCCGCCCGAGACUCAUCGACAAACAGUGUAGUGACAACAGUUCCCGACCUGUCGGCUUUCAAUAUUUUCCUUGAUGAGUCUAAAAAUUUACCCUUAGAGAAUCUCUUUCCGCUUAUAGAUCUCUUAAGACUCGCGUUAGUGGAUCCCCGUAUCAGUGGGUUCUUCGCGGAACUAGGCAAUUUUUCUACGAUCGCUCGGCUACUAGACCGCAUCAACUCACAAUCACCAUGUCCCUACAGUCUUAACCUCGUCGCGCUACAUAUGUGUUGCAAUCUAUUCUCCUCACCCAUAUUCAAGCGCCUUAUUCUACAAGAUGCUGUCUUCUCCUCGCUGUUGGUGAGGCUGCUAUCAGCUUCCUUCCUGGACGACUCACACUCGACUAUACGAUCCUCGGCAGCGUCGCUUGCGUUCAACAUUGCUGCAGCGAAUCACAAACUGCGAAAGGAGGAACGUCAUCAGGGACUACCGAACGACGAGACAGUUGAGUUACUAGCAUCACUUUUCGAAACCUUGGGAACGGAACUGAUCGACGCGGAUACCAUUAAACAACUUGUGGCCGUAAUAGGGCUACUGGUCUACCUUGCGCCGCAAGAUGGUGAGAUUUUCGACUUAUGUAUGGCAAUGGAUGCCGAGGGCCUGGUGAAAGAAAAAGAACGUAUCACUGGAGCCGAUCAAGUGGUGAAGGACGUUGGCAGGGUAUUACUGGCAAAGGGUCUGAGCAAUCACUAGUGAACAGUUCCACAGUCGGAUAAUUAUGCGAUAAUGUAUAGAAUCUUAUAGGUGUAGGACUUAUUCUCUAAAUACAUCCAAAUGCACACAAGGUGGAGAACUAAAGACGAGUGGAAUCUUGAAUGCUGGACGGCAAAGGGGUGAAAUUGG